UUUUUUCGCAUUGUUGUUUACCCCCUGUGUUCGAAAGUAGAAAACUUUUUUCAAGACAACUCUGAUAGUUUGGGAUUAAUAAUUCAUUAAAUUGAGUCUUUGAAAGUGUUAAAGAUUAAAAAUAGUCUUAAUAGAAGCAUCAUAAGGAUAGUGAGUGAUGGUUGGAUCAAGAGUAUAUGUUGGAGGACUACCUUACGGAACUCGAGAGAGAGAUUUGGAGAAAUUCUUCAAAGGUUAUGGAAGAACGCGAGAUAUAUUAAUUAAAAAUGGAUAUGGUUUUGUUGAGUUUGAGGAUUAUCGUGAUGCGGAUGAUGCUGUUUAUGAACUAAAUGGGAAAGAGUUGCUUGGAGAAAGGGUGGUUGUUGAGCCAGCAAGAGGAACUGCUAGAGGUGGAAGUCAUCGUGAUAGAUAUGAUGACAGAUAUGGACGAAGAGGAGGGGGACGUUAUGAAAGAUUUAAUAACAGCUCAAGAAGUAAUUCGCGUUAUGGGCCACCAUUACGCACGGAAUAUCGGUUGAUUGUUGAAAAUUUGUCAUCAAGAGUAAGCUGGCAGGAUCUCAAGGAUUAUAUGCGACAAGCUGGAGAAGUAACAUAUGCUGACGCACACAAGCAAAAUAGAAAUGAAGGUGUCGUCGAAUUUGCUACUUUGAAGGAUAUGAAAACAGCUAUUGAAAAAUUGGAUGAUACAGAAUUAAAUGGACGUCGUAUUCGCUUAGUUGAAGACACUCGUCGUAAUGGACGUAGAGGACGCUCUCGUUCUUCAACAACCAGCAGAUCACGCUCUCGUUCAAGACGUCGUUCAAGAUCACGUUCAAGACGAUCAUCACGCAGAUCUAGAGAAAGUCGUUCAAAGUCUCGUGGUAGUCGCUCAAAAUCCCCUGCUGAAAAAAAGAGUCGUUCACGUUCGCGUUUUUCUGAAAAAUCGCACUCUAGAAGUCGUGAUUCAGCACGCAGUGUAAGCAAGGAAUCAAAUCAAUCAAAUCGCGACAGAAACAGAAGUGGCAGUAAUAUUUCAGACAAAGGAAAAUCCCGCUCGCGUGAUCGUUCUCGAUCAGAAGAAAAAAAUGACCGUUCAAGAUCAGGAUCAGCAAAUAAUCAUUCUCCAGAUCGAAAUGAAAGCAUGGAAGAUUAAAGCUUACAUUAAAAUUUUUAAGAAGUAACAUGUCGACUUUAAGAAAUUAUUCAAUAGCAGUAUAAUAAUAUAAUAUAAAAACCUUUUCAAUUAACUUGGUAAAAAAA